AAGCAUCACAAAUAUGUGCGCAUAUGUCAAAACAGAUGCACGGCGACAGUUUCAAUUCAGCGAUAACAUUUUUCAUCUCAUCUUUUUUCAACCAAAAAAGGUACAUAUUUGAGUAGGGUGAAUUGAUUCAAUGCGUAAUUUAUUGUGCACCGGUUUACGUAUACUUCGAACAACAACAAAUACCAGAGCAGAAGCGAAUCUAGUGAAAUCUCGUUAUUAUUGGCAAAAAAUGGAUGCAAAAUUGGAAGCCGUACCAUUGGUUGAUAUCGAUGAUGAAGGUCGCUUUAAAUAUAUUCUGAUUAAAGUGUAUGGCAAAGAACAAGCCGAUGGAACUGAACCCAGUAAACUCAUUGUGCGGGGUUACAAAAGAGCUGAAUGGCAUGCCGACAUUUACGAUGAGGCAAGCGGUUCGAUUCGUGCACUUGGUCUGGAUACUGAAUGCCUAGGUGGAGGUCGUAUCGAACAUUUUCCAGAGAGUAAAUUGUUAAAAGUUUACGGACAUUCAACUGGGUAUGGAAAAGCCGAUCACGAUGAAGCCAGACGUAUCCUGUUGACGAAAUACGCAAACUAUCAAAUUGAGACCUCUGAUGAAGGAUAUUAAAUUGAGAUGAAUUUAUCGUUUUCAUUUUUAAAAUUGAAACAGUGGAAAGCAUUUUUUUAAAGAAAUAAAAACAAUUAAAUGGUGAA